GUUCUUGCUUGCAGCUGCGGAAACAAGUCAUGAGAUUACGAUCCCUGAUCAGGAGGAUGACUGGUAGAGACGACGAUGUGAGCUUCACUGAGCUGCAAGAACUUACAAGUCAUCUCGAGAAUGUCCAGCGCAUUGUGGAGGACCAUAUGAAGAAGAAUAAAGCUGAGGAUGUUGCUACGAGUAUUCCGGUUCCCUCUACUAGCAGCUCUGAACAAAGAGAGGAUAAAGAACUGCUGAAAAUGGAGAGGGAAUUCGAGAGACGAAAAUCUGAAUCCUUGCAGAGCGAGUUCGAGAGAUUAAGGAUUUACAACGAGAGAAUGAACGGUAGAGGUAUCGAGAGUAUGAGCUGCUACCAUGACGUGGUCCAGCUUGAUUCUCAGAUAACUUACGCUUUGAUGAGUUUAUCGGAGCAAAUGACAAGACCACUAGAGGAACAACUUUGCAAGGCAGAGCUGGGCAAGCAUGUAGUGAAGAUUUAUGGUAAGCCUAUUACUGAUGAGAACAAGGAACUGAGGAGAUCUGUUCGUUUGGCCAAGAAAAAGGAAUGAGGAGAAAGUCUCUCACUAAGUGGCUUGGGUGCUUCUAUCUUGACAGAGAGUCUUCUAUUUGCUUAUUAUGGGAGUUGAUGUCGUUUUUAUGUUAGCAUUAGACCAACUUUAGGUUUGUGUAUCUUUAUGACAUUAAUAUCAAAUCUUUCAUUUCUCGCCUCUUUAAAUAAAUGUCAUGGAUGUGUGUAGAAUCUAGAUCAUCGAAUCGUUGUCUGAGAGCACCUUUUGGCGAAUUAUUCCCACCGCCUUUUUAGCCGUAAAAUUUAAUAAUUAGCUUUGGAUGUUUGUGUCUC